AACGGUAUCGACGAACGGGGGGAUUAUAAGGCCGUCCCACUAAAAGAAGAGGAUGUUGUGGAAGCGAGAAAAACCCCCCCACAUGAGGCGUCCAGUUCAUCAAUAUGGCUCAUAGCAUCUUAUUGCAUUUCCUCGAUUUUAAUGACCGUCGGGAACAAGACACGACAGCUAAUUGGUAUUGAACAGGAGAUUUCAGAGCCCAUGGACCCUCAUCCCAUCUCUGAUCAACCACAACCACAAGCGCUUUACAACGCUGCUCAAAGUGGCAUGACAGAUCCCUCAACACACAAUGCCAGCAAUGUCCCAACAAACACACAUGGAUUCAUGCAGCCUCACCCUGAUCCUUCUCAUGUCUACAACCCCAAUGCUAACCAGCCCACUGGGGCUAUGGACGUGCAUGAUCCAAAGAGUGGAGUCCAGGCUGGCCAAAUGCCACUAGAUACCAACCAGCCUAUCUCUAAUACAGAGAAUGCGCAAGGUAGUCCCGCUGUACAAGUCGUAGAAACCAAAUUGCCGUUCAAGGAACAGCUCACUCGUAAUCAAGAAGAGAAGGAUCUUGGUAAAAAGAUCCUUGCAGGAGAUGUGCCACCACCACCGCACAACUGA